CCUCUUCUUCUCCAGUUCUCUUCUUGAUUCCUUCACAAACUCAAAAUCUUAAAGGAGGUGGCCAUGGGGGAAGAAGAAGUAGAAGCACAUCAACAACAGAUUCCACUGCUCAUAAACCUUCCAUUACAACUGCCACCAUCACCUUCUUCAAAUGGGCAGUACCACAAGAGAACUGGGAACACAUGGACUGCAACAGCACACAUAAUAACAGGGGUGAUAGGUUCAGGAGUACUAUCACUGGCAUGGAGUACUGCACAGCUGGGGUGGAUUGCAGGUCCUUUGUCGAUGCUCAUCUUCGCAGGGAUUACUAUCAUUUCGGCUUUCCUUCUCUGUGAUUGCUAUAGAUCUCCUCAACCUGAAACUGGGCACAUCAGACAUCCCUCUUACAUGGAAGCUGUGAAGUAUAAUCUAGGAAGAGAGAGCAUAUGGGUAUGUGGAGUAUUUCAACAAAUAAGCUUGUAUGGGACCGCCGUUGCUUAUACAAUUACAUCCGCCAUUAGCAUGAGAGCUAUUCAGAAAUCAAAUUGUUACCAUAAAGAAGGACACCAGGCUCCAUGUACCUAUGGAGAUAGUUUUUAUAUGCUGUUGUUUGGAGCUAUUCAGAUUGUCUGUUCUCAGAUACCUGAUUUUCGUAACAUGGAAUGGCUCUCUAUUCUUGCAUCAAUCAUGUCCUUCUCCUACGCUUCCAUUGGAUUUGCACUUGGCUUUGCCAAAGUAAUAGGAAACAGAAGAGUUAAGGGGAGUAUCUCCGGAGUGCAGACAGCUACAAUAGCUCAAAAAGUAUGGAAAGUCUCUCAAGCGCUUGGAGACAUUGCUUUUGCAUACCCAUACUCCGUAAUUCUUAUUGAGAUACAGGACACACUGAAGUCUCCUCCACCUGAGAACCAGACAAUGAAGAAAGCAUCAAUGACUGCGGUCCUUAUUACCACCUUCUUCUAUCUCUGCUGUGGUUGUUUUGGGUAUGCAGCCUUUGGGGACCAGACACCUGGGAAUCUCUUAACAGGUUUCGGAUUCUACGAGCCUUAUUGGCUAAUUGACUUCGCGAAUGCUUGCAUAGUUCUUCAUCUAGUGGGAGGAUAUCAGGUAUACAGUCAGCCAGUGUUUGCAGUUGUUGAAAAGUGGUGUGCCGAGAAGUUCCCCAACAAUGGGUUUGUGAAUAAUUCCUACACCAUCAAAAUCCCACUAUUGCCAGUUCUGAGGAUUAAUCUUCUUAGGUUGUGCUUUAGAACCUGUUAUGUUCUAUCAACUACAGGACUUGCGAUGCUCUUCCCCUACUUCAACCAGGUUUUGGGAGUGUUGGGUGCCCUGAACUUUUGGCCCUUGACCAUAUAUUUCCCUGUGCAGAUGUAUUUUGUUCAGAGGAAGAUUGAACCUUGGACAAGAAAUUGGAUUAUUCUUCAGUCUUUCAGCAUUGUCUGCUUGCUUGUUUCUCUGAUUGCAUUGGUUGGGUCAGUUGAAGGACUCAUAAGUGCAAAGUUGAGCUAAGAAACUGCCUGCAAUUGUGAUCAUGUAAUGGAACAGGGCUGUAGUUCUGUAGAAAGGCUGUUGGAAUUGCUUUGUAUGCUUUUAUUUGCAUAUAUAGCCUUAGAU